CACUGAUUACUGGCCGUUUUCUGUCAAACGGCGGCGGGUCGGUUGUGCUGUGUUCGUGAAAAUUAUUUUUGUGAAUAUUAUAUUUUUGUAUUUAGAUAAAUGGGAUGGGGGACUGAUAAAGCAUUUUUUAUCUAGAUAAGGGCAAGCCAUGAUUGUCCUUAGCAUUUAGUCGCGUUUGGAACUCGACGAGUGUUACAUAGCGGUCCAAUACUGCUCUCGUGGACUCCGGUUUUCCGUGACACUUUAGCGGUUCGGAACUUUUUAAGCACUUUAAAAUAACGAGUGCGGACUUUUCAGUGGAAACAAGUACUUAUUUCAUCCAUAUACUGUUAAUAAAGUUGUAAAAGUGGUUUUUAUAUAUCUGGGCACUUGUGGGAGCGUGUCACGAUGUCUUUGAACUCCACGCUUGACAACUUUUGCGGUUCUCAAUUUUGGGACAGCAACCUCACGUGGUACACGGAGGACCCCACGUUCACGCCAUGCUUCGAGAAGACCGUGCUCGUCUGGGCGCCGUGCCUCUUCCUCUGGCUGGCCUCAGUGUUCGAGGCCUACUACAUCCUCAACAGCAAAGAGGGCGUCAUACCGUGGAACGUGCUCAACAUCACAAAACUCUCGCUCACCAGUUUGUUAAUAGUGCUCACGUUUGUGGACCUCGGUGUGACAGUGCACAAGACGUCGGAGGAGCAGCCAGUGUAUGACGUGGACUAUUACAGUCCCAUUGUGAAAAUCUUGACGUUUGCACUAUCGGCGACGAUACUGCACUACAACAGGAAGCAUGGCAUGCGGGCGUCAGGCGUGCUAUUCUUCUUCUGGUUGCUCGCCACGUUGGCAGCACUGCCACAACUCAGAUCAGAGAUACUGCUUCACAACGGGAAGGAAGAGGAUGAGAACAUCAGAUACAACUUCAUCAGCUACAUGAUAUACUUCCCGCUGGUGGUGUUGAUGUUUGUGCUGAACUGCUUCGCUGACCUGCCCGCCAGCCCCACAAAGUUUGAUAAUCUGCGCAUGUGUCCAGAGAAUGCAGCAGGGUUCCCUAGCCGCCUGACCUUCAGUUGGUUCGACCCGCUCGCCAUCACUGGGUUCCGUAAGAGCCUGGUGGAAUCGGACCUGUGGGCGCUCAACCCGCAGGAUUCGUCCAGUGAGAUCGUGCCCAAGUUUGAGAAGUUCUGGCAGAGAACGCUUAGGAAAAGGGAAACGUCCAACAACCCUAAAGCCACGUUCACCCGAACGACGGCCACCGUGGACCUGAAGCCGGAGACGGAGCGCAAGCCGGCGUCCAUCCUGCCCGCGCUGUGCCUCGCCUUCGGCGGGCAGUUCGUCUUCGGGUCCAUCCUCAAGCUCGCCAACGACAUAUUGUUGUUCCUCUCGCCGCAGCUGCUUAAUUUGUUAAUAGGUUUCGUAAAAACUAAGCAGCCGAUAUGGAAGGGAUACUUCUACGCUGUGCUUCUGUUGGGAUGCGCCACAGUACAGACAAUGCUGCUAGCGCAUUACUUCACGAGAAUGUACCUUGUGGGCAUGAGAAUAAGGACGGCGUUGACCAGCGCCAUCUACAGGAAGUCUCUGAGAAUGUCCAACUCAGCGAGGAAAGAAUCAACCGUUGGUGAAAUUGUAAAUCUGAUGUCCGUCGAUGCUCAAAGGUUCGUGGAGUUGACAGCGUAUCUGAACAUGAUAUGGUCGGCGCCACUGCAGAUCACACUAGCUCUAUACUUCCUCUGGGGGGUCCUUGGGCCGUCAGUGCUGGCCGGGUUAGCUGUCAUGAUCAUCCUCAUACCCUUCAACGCGUUAAUAGCCAAUCGAGUGAAGACCCUGCAGAUAAGACAAAUGAAGUACAAGGAUGAAAGAGUCAAGCUCAUGAAUGAAGUGCUCAAUGGGAUUAAGGUUUUAAAGAUGUACGCAUGGGAGCCAUCCUUUGAGGAGCAAGUACUUAAAAUAAGGAACAAGGAAAUGAAAGUGCUUAAACAGACCGCGUACUUAAACUCUGCUACCUCAUUCAUCUGGGCUUGUGCGCCCUUCUUGGUAACGUUCCUUACAUUCUUCACGUACGUGGUGUCCGACCCGACACACCUGUUGACCCCGGAGAAAAUGUUUGUGUCCAUCUCGCUCUUCUUCACAAUGCACUUGCCCCUGGGGCUCCUGCCGCUGGUCGUUGUGUCUGUCAUCGAGACAUCAGUUGGUAUAAAAAGAUUGAAUAAGUUCAUGAACUGCCAAGAGUUGGAUGAGAGCGCGGUGACACACGAGAAAGACCCGAACCCGCUCUCAAUGGAGAACGGCAACUUCUCGUGGGACGAAACAGACGGGUCGUCGGUGCUGAAGAGCAUCAGCCUGCAGGUGCCGCGCGGGCACCUGGUCGCCAUCGUGGGCGCCGUCGGCUCCGGCAAGAGCUCGCUGCUGGCCGCCUUCCUCGGAGAGAUGCACAAGAUCUCCGGCCGCGUCAACACAGUGGGUUCCACAGCGUACGUGCCGCAACAAGCCUGGAUCCAGAACGCCACGCUACGAGACAACAUCCUGUUCGGGCUAGACUUGCACAAGGAGAAAUAUAACAAUGUCAUCAAUGUGUGCGCGCUGAAGCCAGACUUCGAGAUGCUGCCUGGAAGCGACCAGACUGAGAUUGGAGAGAAAGGCAUCAACCUGUCGGGCGGGCAGAAGCAGCGCGUGUCGCUGGCGCGCGCCGUGUACGCGGACGCGGACAACUACUACCUGGACGACCCGCUCAGCGCCGUCGACUCGCACGUCGGGAAACACAUCUUCGACAAGGUGAUCGGACCCCAAGGCCUACUAAAGGACAAGACACGUCUAUGGGUCACCCACAACGUAUCGUACCUGGCGCAGACAGACCUGGUGGUGGUGCUGAAGCAGGGCGCCGUGUCCGAGGUGGGCUCCUACCAGCAGCUGCUGGAGAAGAAGGGCGCCUUCGCCGAGUUCCUGCUGCACCACCUGAGCGACGCAGAGCGGGCCACCACUGAAGAACUGAACGUGAUCAAAAAAGACCUGGAGAGCAAGUUGGGCUCGGAGUUCCAGAGCAAGAUCCAGCGAGCGCGAUCACUGUCUGAAAGCGCCUCGGAGUCUGACGUCGCCGCCGGAGACAGGAAGAACAGCAUUCGCAAGCAGACCCCCGACACCGUCGCCACCGAUAACGAGCUCAAGGAAAAGAACAAACUCAUCGAAGUCGAGAAAACUGAGACCGGCAGCGUGAAAUGGACGAUAUACAAGGACUACCUAACGAGCGUGGGCAUCGGCGCGUCUCUGCUGACCGUCCUCAUGAACCUGUUGUUCCAAGUUGUGCAAGUCGGCUCGAGCUACUGGCUGGCGCGGUGGUCUACCGAACCUAACAUGACGGACGCUAACGGCACAGUCAUCACAAGCACGCGAGACAUGUACCUCGGAGUUUACGGCGGACUCGGCCUCGGACAAGUGAUCGCGGUGUCGGUGUCAUCACUGGCCCUCUACCUGGGCGCGCUGGCGGCGGCGCGCUCGCUCCACAACGCUCUGCUGGCGGGGGUACUGCGAGCUCCGUCCAUCGGCUUCUUCGACUGCACGCCGGUGGGCCGUAUCAUCAACCGCUUCAGCAAGGAUGUGGACACGCUCGACAAUGUGCUGCCCAUGACGCUCCGCGGCUGGACCUCGUGCUUCUUCUCGGUGCUAGGCACGCUAUUCGUGAUAAGCUUCUCCACGCCUAUCUUCAUGGCGAUCAUCAUCCCGAUCGGCAUCAUCUACUACGUGAUCCAGCGGUUCUACGUGGCCACCUCCAGACAGCUGAAGCGGCUCGAGUCAGUGUCGCGGUCGCCGAUAUACUCGCACUUCGGCGAGAGCAUAACCGGAGCUUCUACUAUUAGAGCGUACGGGGUUAUACAGAGAUUCAUCGACAUCUCCGAACGAGGCGUGGACCACAACCAAGAGUGCUACUACCCGAGCUGCAUCGCCAACCGCUGGCUCGCGGUCCGACUAGAAAUGAUCGGAAACCUCAUCAUAUUCUUCGCGGCGGUGUUCGCGGUGCUGGGAAAACAGUCCGAUGAUGGCAUCACGGCUGGCUUGGUCGGGUUGUCCGUCAGUUAUGCGCUACAGAUCACACAAACAUUGAACUGGCUGGUGCGAAUGACGUCAGAAGUUGAAACGAACAUCGUUGCUGUGGAGAGGAUAAAGGAAUACGCUGAAACCAAACAGGAAGCAGCCUGGACGGUCCCCAACGGCCCCGCCUCAGACUGGCCGGCGACGGGCGCGGUGCAGCUCGACCGAGUGAGCCUCGGGUACCGCGUGGGCGGCGAGCCCGCGCUGCGUGACGUCACGUGCGCCGUGGCCCCGCGGGACAAGGUCGGCAUCGUGGGCAGGACCGGCGCCGGGAAGUCUACCCUGACUCUGGGGCUGUUCAGGAUAGUAGAAGCGAUGGACGGCCGCAUCCUCAUCGACGGCGUGGACAUCUCCAAGAUCGGGCUGCACCAGCUGCGCUCGCGCAUCACCAUCAUCCCGCAGGACCCCGUGUUGUUCUCGGGGACUCUCAGGAUGAACCUCGACCCCUUCCUCGCGUAUACUGACGAUGAUAUCUGGAGGGCGCUUGAGCACGCGCAUUUGAAGGGCUUUGUUGAAGGUCUGACAGCAGGCCUCCGUCACGAGAUCUCCGAGGGCGGCGAGAAUCUCUCCGUGGGACAGAGACAGCUGGUGUGUCUGGCGCGAGCUCUCCUGAGGAAGACGCCUCUACUAGUGCUGGAUGAGGCCACGGCCGCCGUCGACCUGGAGACCGACGAGCUUAUACAGAAAACCAUCCGUUCCGAGUUCUCGUCCUGCACGGUGUUAACGAUAGCGCACCGUCUUAACACGAUCAUGGACUCGACGCGCGUGAUGGUGCUGGACAAGGGGCAGCUCGUGGAGUUCGCGCCGCCCGACCAGCUGCUGCAGGACAAGAACUCCAUCUUCUACAGUAUGGCUAAGGACGCCGGACUGGUUAACUAGUUGCGAUUAUAUGGGGAGAUAGAAAAGGUAUAGGAAGAAGGGGGUGAUUCGGCAGGUCGUUUUUUUGUGAUUAUACGGGGGGUUAAGAAAGGUGUAGUGAGAGGAGAGUGUGAUUCGGCAUGUCUUUCUGAACAACUUUUGUAUUACAAGUUUUUUUUAAAUUCGGGUAUAAAAGAAACACCUCUUUCGGCUUACUAUGCCACUUUUUCAACAGCCCGUAUAACGCGUACGUAACCUCUAAACCGCCAAGAUUGAUUGUAAAGUUUUAUUUUCAGUGUUUUAUUAUCUUCUGCAUGCAAUGGGCAGAUAGGUGUAUUCAAAGUUUACUUGAUAUGAGUGGUUGGCGGUUACAAGGUUAAAAUCAAUGUAGGCAUCGGUAGAUACUAUUAAGCAGAACUCGAAUCACUUAUGUACGACUUGCUAUAAAUUUGUGUUACCCACUUGUCAUAAGUUAUAUUGUGUGCACAUAAGAAAUAAAUAACACCUCUGUCAAUAUAAAUAAAGACGAUCACGUAUUUUUUUUAUGAAGAUUGCGUUAAAUGACGUCUCUGAGUACGGCAGUAUCAUUCAUCAGCUACUUAAAAAUAAAACUGUCAAUAGUAUUUAUCGAUGACAACACGCUCACACCGCAGGGUAGGUUCCGCAAUAAUUUAGUUAGACUUCUGUAAACCACUACUUUUAAUGACGCCUUAUUAGCGUUGUGAUAGCUGUAAAUUAAACCUAAUCGUCUGUCCGUUUUCUACUGUCUUUGAAUAAGCAUGUCGUAUCCAAGUGAUGUAGAUUUAAAAUAAGAAUCCGAUUUGAAUAGGCAACUGUUAUUAGGUUUAAGAUUUCACUGAGAAUAUCUCCACUAUAAGUUAUCAAAUAUUGAAUGCAUAGCCUUGCAUUUUAACAUUAUAUUUAAAUCUUACUGGUAACAGUAUGUGGUUGCACGUGACAAAACAUAUUGUUUAUUGUUUUAAUGCAUUUACAAUGGCGUUUUACAGAAUUAUACAUUAGUUUAUAACACGGUCACAAGUUCGUAAAAUUAAAAUAAAACAGUACAAAUUAAUGUUGUAGGUACCAUCAUCACACACUUACUAGUUGUUUUUUUCUUUAAUUCCACUGCCCUUAAUGUUAUACUUAAUGCAAUACUUAUUUAAUGUUAUUUUGUACUUUAAAUGAAAAAAAGUGUGCUUAAUUCGUACUUACAUAUAAUUUUACAAUUUGAUAUUUUGUUUCUUAUUAAGUACUUAUAUUCUUUAUAAGAUAAGUUAAUUGUUUUCUUUUCAAUAUAGAAUUUUAUGUAAAUAGCACGGUUUCGAAUCAAAUCUAUAUUUUAGUGUGAUAAUUAAUUAUACAUCACGAAUUAUUAAAUGUUAUGUUGAUAAGGUUUUCGAUGUCUGUGUUCCAGCGACUUAUAUUCACUAAAAUGUAGUUCAGGCGAUGUGCUCUGCCCAUUAAUAUUUCGAGUGCCUUUGAAUCGUAUGUUUAGUUUGAUGAGUACAUCGUGUACAUUUACCUACUUAACUAAAUAUUAUUAAUGGAAGAAACUCGGCCAUACAACAGGAUAUUGCCAAAAGUGUGUUGGGAUCCGAAAGGGUUAUUCAUUCUGAAGUACUUUAUAGCUGUUAAAUUUAUGUGGGUGAAGAAAUAUUAUUUUCUAUUACUAGGAAGAGAUGUCGAACAUGAUUUUUGCUUUAUUUCUGUGUACCCCUUUCGGAUUUCAAUAUCAGUUUUGUAGCAACCUGUUUAAGACUCUCAUACCUCUACAAAAUAAAUAAAUUGCAUUUAA